AUAUAGUUUCAGCAAUUUUCCAACAUGUAGGGGUUAAUUUUAGGAAUAAACGCCUCCCCCCGUCCACCGCUCUCUCGUUCUCUUUUUCUCCCGAUUCCUCUUUCUUCCCAGCCCUCCGUUCUUCUUCACGCACGCCAGCGCCGCAGUGGCCUCCACUCCGGACGACAACCUCCGCCGAACUUUGCCAGCCGCCGAACGCGGCUGCCCGUGCCUCAAUUCUACGCGCCGCCGCCGGUUCCGGUUGUGAGCAGUGGUUUACCCACUGCGUGUUGGUCCUAGAUUCGUGAUUUGGAAGGAGAUUGAUACGGCGUCCAGCACGUGAUAAGCUUUUUCGGCGAGUCUUUAAUAGGUCUGAACCAUUAUUGAAGGAUUUGAGGAGGAUCGGGAUCAAAUAACGGUUUGGCUAUGAAACGAGGAUACUCAGAAUCCCCAUCGGCGUCUUUGGGGCCUCCCCAAUCCAGAUUCAAGUACAACCCAGAAGGCGAUGCUGAGUUCUUAGAAGAUGAAAGCACCAAGAUUUUUGCUCGGAAAGUGGCUGAACAUUACAGUGCUAGGACGAAUCAGACUUUGGAAGAGCGAGAAGCUAGUGUUAUCAUCCAUUUAAAGAAGCUUAACAAUUGGAUUAAAAGCGUCUUGGUUCAGCUUUAUGCUAGCCGAGGUGAUGCCGUUCUUGAUCUUGCCUGUGGCAAGGGUGGUGAUCUGAUCAAAUGGGAUAAGGCCAGAAUUGGAUAUUAUGUUGGCAUUGAUAUAGCUGAAGGAUCAAUAGAAGAUUGCCGUACUCGUUACAACGGUGAUGCUGACCAUCAUCAGCGUCGUAAAAAAUUCUCAUUUCCAGCCCGCCUAAUAUGCGGAGAUUGUUAUGAGGCGAGGCUGGAUCAUGUCUUAGCAGAUGAUGCUCCAUUCGACAUUUGCAGUUGCCAGUUUGCGUUGCAUUAUUCUUGGUCUACCGAGGCCCGUGCCCGACGUGCCUUAGCAAAUAUAUCAGCUCUUCUUCGCCCAGGAGGUAUUCUCAUUGGAACCAUGCCAGAUGCUAAUGUGAUCGUUAAAAAGCUUAGAGAAGCUCAAGGCUUGAUGUUUGGAAAUAGUGUCUAUUGGAUACGCUUUGAUGAAGAAUAUGCUGAAAAGAAAUUUAACGCUUCCAGCCCCUUUGGUAUAAAGUACUUGUUUCAUCUAGAGGAUGCUGUUGAUUGCCCUGAAUGGAUUGUCCCAUUUCAUGUUUUCAAAUCGUUGGCCGAAGAGUAUGACUUAGAGUUGGUUUUUGUCAAGAACUCACAUGAAUUUGUGCACGAGUACUUGAAAAAACCCGUAUUCGUGGAUCUAAUGCGACGACUUGGUGCCUUGGGUGAUGGCAACCAAGAUCAGAGUACAUUAUCUCCGGAUGAGUGGGAAGUGGCAUAUCUAUACCUUUCAUUCGUUUUGAGAAAGCGAGGCCAACCCGACAGGACACAGGCCCCAAAUAGAAGAGACAGAGGGCAAAUGCACAUAGCGAAGGAGGACAUAAUGUACAUUUCAACUGAUUAAUUCACCAAAGUUCUCUCCUGAGCUCUUGUGGAGAAUGGCAAGGGUUGAUCUGCGUGAAAAAGCUUUAAUGGAAGCAAUUGAGUUCAGUCCCCCUAACCAUCCACCCCUCUCUUUUUAAGCUGUAGAAUACUGUUAAUCAAUUUUGUAUCUUUAUAACAAACAAUAAAAUGUAAGAUUGAACAGCCUUGCAGCUUCUGAGAAAGGAAAAGAGAAGACUAAUUAAUAUUUAUAGUAGAAAAAA